UAUCGUAAAAGAUUGCUAUUUUAAGAACCUAUAUAAACGAUGAUCGUCCUCAAAAAGAAUUGACCCGACGGAGGCAGUAUCUAUCUAAGGCGCCUAACUAAAAUUUCUUGACAUUUGACUUCACUAUCUUGCAAUGUCAGUGACACUACAUACCAAUCUGGGUGAUAUCAAAUGCGAGAUCUUUUGCGAUGAGGUCCCCAAAGCCUCUGAGAACUUUUUGGCACUCUGUGCAAGCGGCUACUAUGAUGGGACAAUAUUUCACAGAAAUAUUAAGGGUUUCAUGAUUCAAGGUGGAGAUCCUACAGGUACGGGCAAAGGCGGGACCAGUAUAUGGGGAAAAAAGUUCAACGACGAAAUAAGAGAGUCCCUGAAGCAUAAUGCCAGAGGUGUACUUUCAAUGGCAAACAGUGGGCCAAAUACAAAUGGCAGCCAAUUCUUCAUAGUGUAUGGAAAGCAGCCACAUCUAAAUGGAUUGUACACCAUCUUUGGCAAAGUGAUUCAUGGUUUUGAAAUUCUUGACAUCAUGGAGAAGACUCCAACUGGACCAGGGGAUAGACCUCUUGCAGAAAUCAGGCUCAAUCGUGUGACUAUACAUGCCAACCCACUUGCUGUCUAGUGUUAACCUGGAUCGUUGAUAUAUAACUUGAACUCCACAGAUCAGUAGGUUGGUGUAACUGAAGAAAGUAGAUGGGUAUGUACCAUGUUAGGAUACAAUCAUCUGCAACAGAUCGAGAAACUGACUUUUGGCUCUCUCUGUGGUCAACAGUUGUGCUAUUUUUUCAUAUUGUAUGAGAUGUGCCAUUUCAUGGUAUUGACAGUUGCAAUAUAUCUGUUGUCAAUAUCAUUUCCUUGAGAGGUAUCAA